AUGAGCGAGCUACAGAGAUCCUUUGCCAAGGCACAGCUGGCCAAGCUGCCGCCAGAAGCACCACUCAUCUUUGAUGAGCGAGAAGAAGACGAAGAGUGUGCAGAUGACACACGCAAUAGAUCUGCCAGCGAUUCAUCUGCUUCGUCAACCGGCACCAUCGUUCCCUCCCCGACCAAACAUCUAUUCGAAAGGCCUAAAAGUUCCAAACCUCCUCCAGCUUCCCGCUCAUCUCCCCUUGAAUGGACCGAGUUCUUCGAGACAGAGCUGUAUCUUGAACGACAGAGAGCAGCCACGAAGAUCAUCCAUCACGCAUACUUUUCUCCUCCUUCGUCUUCAGGGCCUCUUUUCGUCGCCCACCACGGUGCCGGCUCAUCAGGUCUCUCAUUCGCAUGCUUCGCUGCGGAAAUCCGCAAGGCUAUCCCUGCUGCUGGCGUUCUGUCCUUGGAUGCUCGUGGACACGGCAGAACCCAAGUUGAGAUGCCCAAGCCCGAGGACGAUGAUCAGACGGAGUCUAUUGACUUGUCGCUCGGGACGCUCAGCUCAGAUUUAGCUGAUGUGGUUCAAGCCACUCAAACGCGAAUGUCAUGGUCCGCACUGCCAGAUAUUGUCCUCAUUGGUCACAGCCUCGGAGGUGCCGUAGUUGUUGAUCUUGCCCAUAAGGGUCUUUUAGGAUCUGCCGUUCUUGGCUAUGCAGUGCUCGACGUGGUUGAAGGAUCGGCCAUGGAAGCUUUGGCACAUAUGGAAACAUAUCUAUCGAGUAGGCCGUCGAGCUUUCCUUCUCUCGCUUCAGCAAUCGAGUGGCACACUCGCUCUCGAACGAUCCGCAACUCCUUCUCCGCACGCGUAUCUGUUCCCUCCCUCCUCCUCCCCGUCCCCACCGAGCCAAACCCAUCAUCCUCCCACCCAACAACAGAAACAACAACAUCAUACACCUGGCGCACCCCCCUCCCUCCAACCCAACCCUUCUGGCCCACCUGGUUCGAGAAGCUCAGCAGCAAAUUCCUCGCCAGCCGAGGCGCCAAGCUCCUCCUCCUCGCCGGCACCGACCGUCUCGACAAGGAGCUCAUGAUUGGCCAGAUGCAGGGAAAGUAUCAACUGCACGUCUUCCCCGACGCGGGACAUUUCCUGCAUGAGGACCAGCCGGCCAAGGUGGCGGCCGUGGUGGCGGAGUUUUGGAGGAGGAAUGAUCGCGCCGCGUUGGUGUUGCCGCCGAAGGUUGGGGUCGGGUUGAAAGGACACGGGAAAGGGGAAGGGUGA